AUGUUGGCCAGAACCAUCCUCUACUCGUUGCUAGCUACUGCUACCCUGGCUUCGCCUAUCCACCAGCACCACCAACACGCUAAGAGAAACCCGGCUGUUACCGUCGUUGUCACUGAGUACUACGAUGCCAACGGCAAGGCGAUCUCUUCGCAGACCUCUGUUCCAAGCAGCGACGCCUCUGCCAGCGUCUCAUACUCGGUCGCCAGCGCCCCAGCCUCGGGAGCUUCCAGAGAGCCAUACCAUCCUUCCUCCCUGAACGCCUCCGCAACCAGCUCUGCUUCCGGCUCCAGCUCUGCCUCGGGCUCCAGCUCCUCCUCGGCCGCCAGCUCCACGGCUUCGGCCGGCUCCGUGGAGGCCUACGCAGAAAAAAGCAAGGGUAUCACAUACUCUCCGUACACUGACUCAGGAUCGUGCAAGUCCGAGAGUGAGGUCGCCAGCGACAUCGCCAAACUCUCUGCCUACGAAAUCAUCAGAGUCUACGCUCCAGACUGCUCCUGCAUCACCAACAUCAUGGCCAACAUGGGCUCCAACCAGAAAAUCUUUGCCGGACUCUACUACAUCGACUCGCUAACUGACGACAUUGCUACCUUGGCCGAACAGGUCGAGGCCUCGAGCCAAGGCUGGGACGGUAUCUAUGCUGUGGCCAUCGGUAACGAGCUGGUGCAAAACGGAGAGUCUGCCUCCAACGUCGUUGCCGCUGUCUCCUCCGGAAGAUCGACACUCUCGUCUAAAGGCUGGACCGGAAAGGUGGUGACUGUCGACACCGUGGGAGCAUAUCAAGACAACGACAGCCUGUGCGAGGCCUCCGACUUCAUCGCUGUGAACGCUCAUCCGUACUGGGACGGAAGCGUCAAGCCAGAAGACAGCGGUAGCUUCCUGGAGUCUCAGAUCUCUCUUCUGAAAAGCACCUGUGGCAGUGACAAAUCGAUCCUGAUUUGCGAAACCGGAUGGCCUACCCAGGGAGACACCUACGGAGAAGAGGGUGUUCCAUCGACGGCAAACCAGCUCACGGCCAUCAAAUCCAUCACCGAGUCGCUUGCCGACCAAGUGAUCAUGUUCACCACAUACAACGACUAUUGGAAAGACGCUGGUAGCUACGGUGUUGAACAGUACUGGGGUAUCUAUCCUAACUGA